AUGCUCUCACUUUCAAACUCGGAAAAUCAAACACGAUCUUUGGAAAAAAUUCUUGAUCAGGUUGAUGAUAUUGAUGACGAUAAGAAUAAUGAUCGCGGAAUAAUAGAAGGCUAUACACCAUUUAUUAUUGAUUGUUCUAAAUUUUCAUCACUUCCUGAUGAGUUGUUGAUUGAAAUUUUUCAAUAUGUUGGAGUGAAUCCGUUCGAGAUGAUGUCACUCUCGCAUACUUGUAGACAAUGGAAGGAAUUGAUUAAUUCGCAAUUUAGAGUUUGGCAAUAUGUUCCAUUGACUAUUUCUAGAUCAAAAAUUGUUCGUGGAACAAAGGAUGAAGUUGGACACUUGUUGUUGAAAUAUUUUGAUCGUUUUAGUCCUGUAUAUUACAAAAAUCCAAAAUAUGCAAAAGUUUACAAGCAAUUUGAUGUACAAUAUGAGAAAUAUAUUAGAGAUAAGGUUUAUGAAAAUAAGAUUAAGGAGAGUGAAGUUCCAGCUCUUUUGAAAGCAUUCAAAAAGCCAAUUAUUGUUUCUACUGAUCAAUUUAUUGACUUUCUCAAACAUGUAAAGAAGGAAAAACUUUCAGCUGAACGUUUGAGAAAAACUAGAGAUUAUUUCGAUUCAAUUUCUUCAAAUGUGUCAAAAUGGACAGUUAGAGGCUACUUGCUCCUUUUAAUGGCAUUGCUUAUCAAUAUUUGUGUGAGUAUGGGACUUUUUGGAGAAACACCAGAGGCAGACAGAUCACUAGAUAAGGGACUAUGGUGGUUACCAUGGUCUUUUGUUCCAAUGCAUGCCAUUAUCAUUUAUUCAUACAUUGUUGUUGCUGGUCUCGCAGUUAAUGAGUCCUUUAAAUUCAAGAGUAGAUCAGAAAUUGGAGUGAUGGCCAUUUUCUUUUUGGUAUUAUCAGUCUUGACCUGGAUCUUUACCAGCUUCAAGUAUGACAUGUAUGAGAAAGCAGGUGUAGAGCUUUCAUAUUGGCAAAAUAGAUUAUUUCCCCAAGUCCACCUUCUAUACCUCUUACCUUUCAUUAUCAUAUCAGGUAUUGGUACCAUAAUUCCUGCCUCUGAAACAUUCUUCCAACAUUUUUAUAGGACCAACAAGUUCCCAUUCUUCUCAGCCAACAUUCCUUGGGCAUCAUUGGAUAGAGACAAACUUACUGUAUUUGCUACCUUCUUGUUAUGUGAAUUUUCACUCCUUGGCUUUUCAUUCUUUGGUGAGAAAUUGGGAUCUAAAUAUUCAUUUAUUCCAAUGAUUCUUGGAGGUAUUUUAGGAGGAAUUCAAGCCAUAAAAUACAACUAUAAUAGAAGUGACACGACCAGUCAAAUGUUUAGUGUGCUACCAAUUUUUGGUUCGAUUGCUGUUGGAUGUUUGGCUUACCAAUCAUUCAAUUAUUGGUCAUUUAUUCCAUUAACACUUGGAGUUGGAGCCAUUAUUGGAUAUGGAUUAAUUAAGAAGGAUUUGUAA